AUGACUUCGUGCCAGGCCAAAUCUGCUCCGAGCAAGCUCAACCGUUGGUGGAGUCAACUGAGGGUUUGCCUUCAAAACAACGAAGGUUGGAAUGAGAUAUUGGAUGAGAAUUUUCUGCCCUACACCAAAUACAUAAAUGACAGUCCUCUCUUCUAUGCGGCUAAAGAGAACAGUGUUGGUUGCAUCAAGAAACUUCUGAGUUGUGUGUCCACUGAUAUAUUAGAGAGAGGUGCUCUUGGUGAGACAGCUCUUCAUGUUGCUGUGAUGUACGAUAACCUGGAGGCUGCUGUUGCUCUGAUGGACAGAGCUCCUGAACUCAUCAAUGAGCCCAUGAUCACCAAGCUUUUCCAAGGUGUAACUCCUCUCCACAUUGCUGUAGUGAAUCAGAACAUCGAUCUGGUUCAUCAUCUGAUUAGUCGAGGGGGUGAUGUGGCUACACCUCGAGUCACCGGUCUGUACUUCAGGAAGAGGUUAGGAGGACUCAUAUACUAUGGUGAGCACAUCCUGUCUUUUGCUGCAUGUACUGGGAAUGAGAGCAUUAUCUCCAUGGUAAUUGAUGCAGGGGCCAGCACCAGGGUCCAGGAUUACCGUGGUAACACAGUGCUUCACAUUUUGGUUCUGCAGCCCAACAAGGUGACUGCGUGCCAGACCAUAGACUUGAUUAUGGCACGCGAUGCAGAGCUGGACCAGUCAGUGUCACUCGACAUGGUGCCCAACUACAGAGGCCUUACACCUUUUAAACUGGCUGCCAAAGAGGGAAACAUUGAGGUCUUUGAGCACCUGGUUAAUAAAAGGCGUGUAGUACAGUGGAUUCUGGGCCCUUUGACCUCUAACCUGUAUGAUUUGACAGAGAUCGACUCAUGGGCCGACAACAAGUCAGUACCGGAGCUCAUAGUGGGCAGUCACAAGAGAGAGUCAAGAGAAAUAUUGCUGGUGACCCCCGUGAAGCAGCUGGUUAGUCUGAAGUGGAACCUGUAUGGAAAACAUUACUUCAGGCUGCUGCUGGUACUGUAUCUGCUGUACAUCGGCACCUUCACACUGUGUUGUGUAUUUCGCCCUCUAAAGGACGCUCCAGAGAACUACACAACGUCAGAUAUGGACAAAACCACCCGAGUUCAGAAAACAUUCAAAGAGAGUUAUGUAACGUAUGAUGACAACCUGCGGCUGGUGGGCGAGAUCAUCAGCGUCAUCGGAGCUUUUCUCAUCCUGUUGCUGGAGAUCCCUGGUAUACUGAGAGUGGGAGCAAAGCGCUAUUUUGGUCAGACAGCACUGGGAGGUCCCUUUCAUGUUAUUCUUAUCACCUAUGCAUGCUUGGUGUUGCUGCUGUUGGUGUUCAGAAUCUGCGAAGUGCAUGGAGAGAGAGAGGUAAUGGCAGUGUCUUUAGUUCUUGGCUGGUGCAACAUCAUGUACUUCGCCCGAGGUUUUGAAACACUCGGCCCUCAUGUCAUCUUGAUACAGAAGAUUAUAUUUGAAGACUUGACAAAGUUCAUGUGGCUGAGUUUCAUUAUGCUCACUGGUUUUUCCACCGCUCUGUGGGUCGUGUAUAUGACCCAAGAUCCUACAUCCCUUCCCCAAUAUCGCUCCUUCCCCAUCACCCUCUUUUCCCUGUAUGAGCUCAGCAUGGGCCUCAUAGAUAUGCCUGUGGACCACUCCUUCACUACCCCCCCGAUCGUCCAUGUGCUCCACUGCACCUUGUCUGUGGUCUGCUGCCUCUUUCUGCUAGAACUACUGUCAGCCAUGAUGAGUGACACACAGGAAAGGGUGGCCGAGGAGAGAAAAGAGCUGUGGUGGACUCAGGUGGUAGCCACAACUUUGAUGCUGGAGAGGAGGCUUCCUCGCUGCCUGUGGUCUCAGAUCGGGGUGUGUGGGCUUAACUAUGGUCUGAAGGAGUGCUGGUAUCUCAGGGUUGAGGACAGAAAUGAUCUGAUGUUCAAAACGAUGCAGAAUGACAUCAAAGUUUCCUCCAAAGAUGAUGAAAAGGAGGAUAUGAGUGUCACAAUGAAGGAGUUGUUCCCUGGAACCCCCAAGCUCAGACCAACAAACAGGAGGUCUCUGAGACGCUGUCAGAUUAUUCAUCACAGCACUUUGGGUUUGGAGAUGGGGGAUCUGGAUCUGGAGGAAGACCACAUUAACUAUGUCUAG